AUGACGAGAGGCGUUACCAUAGAAACGGUGUAAACAACAUGGCGUCAAUCUCACGUCAUAAUGUAGCGUCGGGAGGGAUUUACGACCUUCCUAGAGUGUCCUACAGUGAGUCUACAAGAUUACUGCUAAAGGAGCUCCUUCAGGAAGCGGCAGUCAAUUCGCAGCAUCAGCGGCAUAUUGAGCGCUGGGUAGGGGGUGGUGGGUCACUGCCCCGACAGGAAGCUCUCACAGUCCCCAGCCAAGCCACUCCCAGGACCCGCUGCCUUAUCUCCACCUCCAACACUCCACCACCACACAUUCAGACCAAACGGUCCCAUGAGGCAAUCAAGAAGAUGGGACUGUAUGAACCUAACAUGCACUACGUCCCUCCACCCCCAA